CGUGCACAUAGAAUCCUAGCUUAAUGCAAAGAUAAAGGACAUGUGAUACCAUAACAAUGGCGGAUGACCUUGAUGUUAUUAUAAUAGGUGGUGGAGUUGUUGGCUGUGCUACUUUGUUUGAGCUUACAAACUGUGGCUAUAAAUGUCUUCUGUUGGACAAAAAUAAAGAUGUGUUGUCGGAGGCAAGCUCAGGAAACAGUGGGAUGUUACAUACUGGAUUUGAUGCCGAGUUAAAUAGUGUAGAAUCAUACUGCAUCAAGAUCUGUCAGGAGAAAGUAUUUUCACUGUUAAAAAACCUAGGAUUACCAUAUAAACAGAUUGGUGCUACAAUGGUAGCUUGGACACAACAACAGAAGGUUAAAUUAGAUAGAGUGUAUAAAGGUUCCAUAGAAAAGGGAAUUGAUGAUGUCUUCCAACUCUCAGCUAGUGAUGUAUAUCAACGUGAAGGCCAUCUUCAUUCUGGUCUGGUUGGUGGUUUAUGGAUUCCGAAAGAAACAGUUCUUGAUCCUUGGUUGUUCCCACUGUCAUUAUUACAACAUUCUAUUGAAGGAAUUGGAAUGGUUAAAACCGGAUGCGAAAUGUUUGGGUUUUCACAUCUAUACCACAACAGUUGUGAAUUGCAGACAUCUCAUGGACCAAUCACUGCCAAAGCCGUUGUUAAUUGUUCUGGUCUUCAUGGUGAUUUAGUGGAUAAAAUGGCGGGUUGUCAAUCAUUUAGGAUAUAUCCAAGAAAAGGACAAUUUACAGUCUACGGUAAAAACACAGCACAUUUGGUUAAUUCAAGCAUAUUGCCAGUACCUACUGAAAAAACAAAGGGUGUUAUCGUUUUUAAAACCGUUUAUGGUAACAUAAUAGUAGGACCAACGGCAGAAGAUACAGAAAGUAGAUCGGUUCCUCCUGACAUUGAUAGUGUUAUAACAAGCAGACUUUUCACACAUACCAAGAAAACAGUCCCCGGGUUAAGCCAAUAUUUUCCUUUAGGACACUAUACAGGAUUAAGACCAGCUACGCAAUAUAAAGAUUAUCAGAUUAAAGCGUAUAGAGACAGGAACUGGAUAAGUGUUGGUGGUAUCAGAUCAACUGGAUUAUCAGGAUGUCUUGGAAUAGCUAGUAUGGUGAACACUGAACUAUGUCACAGUUUGAACAUUGAACCAUCUUACGGUCCUGUCAAAUCUAUUGACCCGAUGGAAUGGUCUUUUAAAGGCAACAACUCGGUUCAAAUGAAUCAAAAUGUAUACGAUUUCACCCAUCCGAUAACAAAGUUUGGCACUCAAUACCGCUCAGGGCUGUAAUAUUUUUAAAAUGUUAUACUAUAGCCCCUAUGAAUGAUUGAAUGAAUAUUUCUUUUGAAACAGAAUAACUUUAUUUUUUUAACGCCCAUAUGUUAAUGUGGUCGUAUAUUGUCGUCGCCCCUGUCCGUCCGUCAGUCCGUCUACACUUACUUGUACCAAUUUGAUUUGAUUCUGGAAUAAGUGGUAGUGGUGUAAAGAUGGCGUUUCCGCAAAAGCAGUUUCAGAGUUAUCCCCCUGACUAAUAGGAUUCGUUGAUAAACGUAGCCUACAUUGGCCUAGCCUAGGCUACUCGCAAUCAAUCCACAGGUUAAUUCUUUACAUUAUUUUGUUUAAGUUAUCACUAAUAUCAGGUGAAGUUAGAUGUAGUGUAUGUAAAAAUAGUUCAGUGUUGGUACCCCUUACUGAUACAGUUGCCAAUAAGCGGAACGGUUCGCACUCGCUCGAAGCAGCGGUGGCUCGGUGAGUAAGACGUUGGCUCGCUCACCCGGAGGUCCUGUUUUCGAUCCCGGUGUUGGCCUAGAAAUUUCAUCGGGGUGUUCAGGUGUGAUUCCCCCUUGUCAGUGUUGUAGGACUGAGAGCAUAGCAAGGGACAACGUAUUGUUCGGAUGAGACGAAAAAAAACCGAGGUCGCGUGUUCAUAUUCUUAUCUAGUGAAACCCCAUUUCAUUUCAUUGCAUACUCGCUUCACAUUGUUUUUUUUUCUUUUAUCGUCAAUUUUCAACAAUAGUUAUAUUAGUAUUGGGCUAAAGAUAUCACACAAAAAUCCAACUUACCAAUACUUUAAUUGUUCAUAAAUGAUGUUUUUUAAUGGUAAAUCUUGUC